AUGAAUAAUAAUUGGAAGGUGAAAGUAUCACAAGAAGACAAGGUUGUAAAAUAUAAAAAUAUUGAAUACCACAUCGAUUAAAUAAUUGGAUCUGGAGCUAGUGCUAAAGUCUAUUAAUCAUAAAAGUUUAUUGAUUAAAUAAAGCAAUAAGAAGAUGUAGCGGUUCGAAUCUAACAUCGAUAUUAUAAGCAAAAUUAUGAUCUAUUGAAUUAACUUAAAGAUUUUAAAUGGAAAAAUACAACAUACCCAAUUGAGAAUAUACCUGGAGGCUUUUUAUUUACAGAAUACGAACUUUUUAAUGGCAAUCUCACCUAGCUUUCCAUUGAAUUAAUUAAGGAAAAUAUAUUUAUAAUUGCUUAAACUAUAGCUGAGGCUUUAAUCGAAAUUCAUUAAUCGAAUUACAUUCAUUUUGAUGUAAAGCCAGAUAAUAUUGUUUUCAAAAAGAUAUUGUAGAAUAAGCUAAAGUUUGCUCUUUGUGAUUUCUCUUCAAUCCAACCUCUUGACAAUGCAGGCGAUAAAGAAUUAUUCAUUGAGGCCACACCACAAUUCGCUCCACCAGAAAUAGAAAUUUAAGGAUAUUCUAAAAAUAUAGAUCAUACCUGUGAUAUCUGGUCAUUAGGCAUGAGUUUAUACAGUCUUUACUCAGAAAAAUUUAUGUUCUAAUAAGAUAAUCUACAUUUGAAAAUGGAAUAAGAAUUUAUAGAUAUGGCUGUGGAUUAAGAUAUUGAUAACGAUUAACUGAGAUAUUUAAUUAAAUAGUUACUUAAAGUCUAAAAGGAAGAGAGAAUAUCUUUGAAAGAAAUGAUUGAAUUCAUUUAAAAUCCUGAAAUCAAGAAACGAUAACCUUAAACUUCAACUUAUGUGAAAUAGUGCAGUUAUAAUUCAAAUUUCUCCUCAAAAUAGGCAGUAGAUUAAAAAGAGGCAAAGGUGAAAUAGCCCAAUUUGUUAAAAUUUCCAACACUGUCAGACAUAUUUGAGGCUUCAAAGAAAUUAUUAUCUAAUUCAAACAAUUUAGAAAAUAAUAAUGGCGUUACACAUAAAAGAUAAAAGCAAUCAUGCUUAUUAGAAAUGCCAAAUUUAAUUUUUUGA